GUGGAACUCAUUAAAAAUCCACUAACUUUGUCUAGAAGUAUAUACAUGGUUCAAAAUAGGACUUAAACUUAUUUCAUGAAUCCUAAAUUUGCUGGUACCAAACGGAGGAAAAACAGGGAAAGAAGGAGGUUCCGCAACCCAGAAACAGCAGCAAGUUUAAGAAGGCUUUGGGAGGAGUUUUUGUUAACUUAAGGCUGCAGGAAGGUAGAAAUUAACUACAGGCAGCAUACACAUUUUGGGAGCCUAGGAAACAUCUGUUAAUCCAAGUGCAGGCCUAGAGCCAACCUUGGUAAGACAAAUUUGAACUCUGCCCAAAACCUAGACUUGGCUCACUGUUUGAUCUAAAAAGCUAUGUACUAUAUGUAAAGAAACAGCAAGUGCUGCUGUAAGUGAAACUAUGGGUUUUUGUACCGUGCAGUUUGUACAUAGA